AUCAACAUUCCAGCUGAGCUAUACAACAGUUGAAUCAAAAUGUUCAAAAUCGUAGCUCUGGUUGCCUGUUUGGCCGUCAUCGUUGCCGCCAUCGAUGAUCACCACACCGAUCCUAAAUAUAAGUUUGAAUAUGGAGUCAAGGAUGGACACACCAAGGAUCACAAGAGCCAGUGGGAAUCUCGGGAUGGACAUGAAGUGAAGGGACAGUACACUCUGGAUGAGGCUGAUGGAACCCACCGUGUCGUUGAUUACACCUCGGACCACAAGGCUGGAUUCCAGGCUCAUGUUCAGCGUGAAGGACAUGGAAAGCAUCCACACGGAGAGAGCUACGCCAACAUCGAUCAGAAGCAUUAAAUUUCAAUUGC